AUGGGCAUUGAUUCAUGCAUCGAUGCCUAUAUCAAGCUCUCAAAGGAUAUUUUUACACCUCGAAAGCGCAACAAAAUCCUCGGGAAAAACCUCCUGAAAAUCACGGGCCAGGCCGCAUACAGCCAUAAUGCACUAGAAGAUGCCAUCAAGCAUGUGAUCCGGCAGUCGGGCAUCGAUGAAAAUGCCCCUCUACUAGAAUCAGCCCCAAAAUGCAAGAUGUUCGUAUGCGCAAGCCUCUCUAAUACUCAAACAAUCUGUCUGCGGAAUUACCGUUCAUCACUCGAGGACAACAUCUCGUGCACAAUAUGGGAGGCGGCUCGCGCGACAUCAGCUGCACCAACGUUUUUCGAUCCCAUAACGCUAUCUAACGGCCUCACCUUCCGGGAUGGUGCGUUACGAGGCAACAAUCCUAUUUACGAGCUCAUCCGUGAAGCCGACUGUGAAGCCUCGGGAGUGAGGAUACGGGCGAUUGCAAGCAUCGGCACGGGGCUGCCCCGUACUAUCGCCAUAAGCAACCAUCUUACUUCGAUUGCCAAGGCAUGCGCACGAAUUGCGACAGACACGGAAAAUACGGCAAACCGCUUCUACCAAUCCUUCUGUCUUCCAGGUUGCAAGUAUGAAGACUGUUAUUUUCGCUUUAACGUCGAACAAGGCAUGCAAGGCAUCGGUCUUCAUGAAUGGCAGAAGGUCGAUAUUAUGACCAGCAGCACUCUAUCAUAUAUGCAAGAAGUAUCUGUUGCCACCAAGCUAGCACAAUGUGCUUCAAAGCUACUAGGAAAAACUGCCACGGUAGAGCCCACGAUCCCAAUACAUGCCGACAUCAGGUCAAAGUCACGACGCCCUUCCCAAUACUCUUCAACGCCAUUGUCUCCCAGCAAAAAUCGCGGGGACGGCCAGAAUUACUACAUAGAUCAUGACUUACAGCCUAGGCCCAUAGGCUCAGUUGGAUCGUCUUCCCAAUCUGCUGAACCGCCCCAGAGAGCGCUCAUUCGACAGCGACGCCCUCGUUCUGAGCCCGAGCUUCAUCACCAAUUUUUCCAGCUAGACCGUAUUGGCAAGAAGCCCGUUCCCUACUUUGUCCACAGGAAGGAAAUCUCCCAGAUUGGGAAAUGGUUUGAAGAGAGUUCCACAUCGAAAACAUCUCGAACUGUUGUUUUAGCUGGCCUGGGAGGUUCAGGCAAGACUCAGAUCAUGCUACGUUAUGCCUGGUUGAGUCGUAACAAAUACGGUGUAGUUCUCUGGUUUGAUGGUAAGAGCUUUGAUUCCUUGAACGAAAGUUUUAGGUUGGCUGCGAGCCAACUUGGCCUUCGCAUUCCAGCGCACGAGACCCCCAGCCCCAACGCGAGAUCUUUGAGCAAGUCGACCGAUUUUGACGGCGACCUUGAACUAAUAAAGCGGGAGCUGCGCCGCAGACGACAGUCGUGGCUUCUGUUAUUUGAUCAGGUAGAUGACUUGGCCGUCAUUGACAGACUUCGAGAGUUCAUACCGUCUGAUCCGAACGGACGGAUUCUUGUUUGCUCUCGGCGGCAAGAGGCACGGAGUUUGGUACGCAAACAAGCCAUAUUCGUGAAAGGCAUGCCUGUAGAUGGUGCCAGACAACUUUUGCUCUACCAUGCCAACAUAGAAGAGCCAACUGAAGAGGACUUAUACUACGCCGAAAAAGUAGUCAUGCGGUUAGAGUGUAUUGCACUGGCCGUAGAUUUGGCAGGAAGAUUUGCCAGCUCCCUAGGGAGUCUGAAGGAAUACCUGGUAUUAUAUGAGUCAGAAGAGGCAAAUAUUCGAGAUCAGAUUCGCGUAAUGUCUAUGGGAACGACACAUCCUAUCGCGUCUGGAUAUGAAAACUCCAUUAUUGCGGCAUGGCGUAUUUCCAUCCAGGCGAUACCUCCAGAUACCGCAUCUUUCCUAUAUCUUCUUUGCUUUUUGGACCGGAGCAAUCUCUCAAUGGACAUGUUUCGACGGGCAUGCUCAGCAAAGGCCGCUUGGAAAGGAACCAUGAAUGACAGUAAAGAGAUCCUUCUACCAGAGGACAACCGUGUACCAUCUUGGCUCCUCCAGUUAUUCUGUGACGAAAACGGGAACUGGAGUGGCGUCAAAUUUUAUAGUGAAGUUCAGAAGCUCUCUUCCUUCUUCUUCUUGCAAAAGGAGGUCUUGGGCGGCGUCUGGCUCCACGCAACUGGGGCCGUGGACAGCUCCUCACUGACGUCAACUGGCUCAUCCAUUGUAUUAUUAAACCUCCCGCAGCCCGUCUACGAUCUUGGAAGAUACUACCUUGAUCGAAACCAACGCCGGGAAUUCAGCUACAGCGCAUUUGCUAUCCUCGUUCAUUCGUUUCGCAAUUCUUUGGGAGACAGGACUCUUGUUGGUCAACCUCGCGAAGAACAACGUCACACUCUUUUGCGCGCAGGAAGGGGAGGUGUAGUCGCUACUCCGGCGCAUCUGCAGCGGUGGCUAGAGGAAGGUUACAACCAUCUUCUGGUAUUCAAGGACGACAUCAAGCCAAGCGAACGGUUUACCUCGUCCCUGUUUACUCAAACCAGAUACCCAAGGUGGCAUAUCAUGGAGCUGAUUCUCUUUAGCACAAUCUUUUGGCCCGAGAUCAUGACCGAUUACGACGCCACUGUUUUGAGACCGUCUGGUGAUUUACCUCCGGGGGGUAUUGCAAGCCCCUGGAAAACCAUUGUCGAAAUUGCACAGAAUGUGAUGUAUCUACCUAAAACCGUACAAUGGGGCCCGAGGACUUCUGGCACUUGGAAUGCACAGGGCCAAUUUGAACGAAAAGGGAAUGUUUUCAAGGAUACGUGGACAGAUAAAGACGCCGAGCGGGUGACGAAUGUCCCAGAAGUCCUAGAUGCAUUCGAGAACAUGGAUCGAAAUUUCGAAAGGAAAUGGACGAUCAGGCAGACUUAUUAUUUUGAAAUUCUUGCAUCUUCAUCUAUUUACCAGCGGUUAGGGUUUCUGCGACAGCCUAUGCACCGGAUCUCUGCACUCGCAGAGGCUACGCUACUCCAGAAUCGGACUGCAAUACCAGCCACAAUCCUCGACCAUAUCGAAAGACACGUUAUAGAGUCCUUUGGGGACGUUGAAACAACAAUAGCCCCCUCCACAGUGUUUCAGACCUGGCUGAGGAGCCCAUUGGGCUUAGAAUUCAGUCGAAGAUGCGAGUUACCUCCUCCAAAUCGCAGUAAUGAUAAAGAACGGAGGCCAGGGGAUGUAGGAGUGGUUGAUAUUGAUCUGGAUUACGUGGAGCUUGACCCACUAAAAGACUUUUGA